AUGGGUAGUGUUUCUUCAAUUUCAAGUCCUGAAUUUUCAGAUUCUCUUGAUAGUAUGGUACCUUGCCAGUGUAUUGAUAACGAUGCAAACUGUAAUCUUGAUCAACAUAUGUAUGAUCGACAUUCGAUCGAUGAUAACGCCGAUAGACGUCAAAUUCGUCGCAAUGGUCAUACAGAAAUUUGUUCCAUGCGAAGCCCUAAAAAUGCAUUUGUUCAUCCGAAUUCAAAAUAUUUUGGAAAUAAUCAGAAUGCGCAUAAGCUUAGAGACUCUGUACCAGAUAAUCUAAUGUCGGUAGUUGGUAACUGCGAAGAAAAAAAAGCAAAUGAUGUUAGAAGAGUGGCAAGUAGUGACAGCAUUCCCCGCAGUAGUUUUAAUGGUUUAACUCUAAGUCCAGGAUGCAGGGUUUUGAGUCAAGAAUGUGUAAGAAGGUCAAAAAGUCCCGAUGUUAGAAACACAACUGUUCCACUUCGCUAUAUUCAGUCAGCAAAAGUGUUAGAUGAUGUAACUGCUGCUCUACUUAAUCCUAAGAUACUCUCUUCUGUAUUUGAAGAGAAACCUCUAACUAAAAUAUCUCUUUUACGGUCUACUUUAGAAUGUGUUGUAUUAUCAUCGAUAAUGAAACUUGACAAAAGUAGUAUGAAUAAACUGUUUGAUUUAAUGAUUAUGAUGGUUAAAUAUCAGUUAAUUGCAGCUACAGGUCCUGUAGAAGUUGUAUUGUUAACAUUGAAUCAUACAGAUGCAAUGCGCGAUAUGGUCACAAAUACAAAUGCUCAACAAUGUGUUGGAUUGGUACAUCAAAUGUUUUAUAGUACACUAACAUUUGAAGAAAUUUGGAAUGCCAGGAACGAUUGUUUGAAAGAAUUGCAGUAUUAUUGCAUAAAAGUAUCUAUUCUUCUGAGACUUGGAUUACAAAAUGAUGAUGGCAGUUUUAAUUUAACGUAUCAUAAGUACAAUGAGAAAUAUGAAGAAAACAAAACUCGCUUUUCUGAUAACAAAUUAUGCGACAUAGAUCUGAAAACCUACUGUGGUGGUUCUUUUAAUCUUUUUGGUGAACGAGAAACAAUACUGGGUAAAAAUAUGUAUUCAAUGUCGUAUGACAUGUCAAAACUAACUUCUGAACAAGAAAGUCAUAAUUACAUUAAAGAUUGUGGUAUAAAAGCAGAGCUCGGUAUGUUAGCUGUUCAGUUGGGAACUGAAGAAACUUCGUACAAACGACCUUUUACUUUAAAUUUGUUUUCGAAUGAAGAUAAUAGUAAUGCAAAUGAUGAGGAAGAUGAUUCUAAUUUCAAAGAAGACAGUGAAUAUACAGAUACAGUAGUUAUAAACUCUGAAAAAACAAAAUUUAAUGAAGACUACAAAAUGAAACUUGAUGUCGUACGCGCAGAUCUUUUUGAAGAUGAUCAUGAAGCUAUAAAACAUAAUAUGAAUUUAUUAGAACUUUUAGAUAAAACAGAAUAAUUUUAUUUAAUUUUUACUUUUUCAAUUAUAUUGCGACAAUUAAUAUAAUAAGUAAAAAUUCUCUUUAAUUUUUUAUUUACAUUUAUAUAUAAAUAUUUUAUAGUAU